CAGCCGCACGACAUUUUGCGAUUGACGGUCGGCKGUGCACGGACGAAAACGAAAACGUCGUCGUCCAACGUCACCCAGACCGUAAACGAACUACUACGAAGGCGACUGCGGUGCGCGUUUUUAAUUGUAUUAAAAAAUUAAAUUAAACACAUUACCGUGCACGCGCACGCGCCGCGCGCAUGUACACCGAAGAUAAGCCGGCCUAACGUAAUUAUUUAUUUUAUUUUAUUCCGUUGCCGACCGUUACGCCGCCGCCGUAAUAAUAUCGGUUAAACCGUCGUGGCUCGACCGAGAUAACGAGCGCAACGCCGCGUGUAAAAAGCGGUUCGAACGGCCGCGCGGCCGACAGUAUUGCACACGGUCGUCACGAUGAGCGUACACGAGGUCGGCCGGCGGUCCGUCCGAUGACGACGACGACCGAAUCGAAUAAUAAUAAUAAUUUAUCGUAGAAGCCGAAAACUUUACCGACCGACAGCCAGUAGCAGCAGCCAUGGUCUUGUGUUUUGGUUGUUGUUCUCGUGGAGACUAUUCGCCAAUAGAUGAUGGUUUGCCAUCUCAUCACAUUAACAAUUUAGAUGUAGAAUACAUUGACAUAAAAUGUGGAUAUUCUUAUAAUCUAGUAAAAAAAAUAAUAUUUAAUAUAAUUGCAAUAUUCAUGCUUGGUGUGCCAUACUUAGCCAUUCAUUGGUCAGUCAAAUUAAAGUUAUAUCUGCUUAUGACUCCUAGCCCGCUAUCAACUUCCGAUGUCGUUCUCGUUAAUGACGUGAAUAAUAGCGAUGCCGUGUACGAUAUACAUACUUCAAUAAUAAAAGACUCAAAUGGAGAAAAGAAAACCGUAAGAUAUUUUAAACAUCAAUUACUAAAAUAUAUAUGGGAUGAGAAUGAAAAUGUGUUCAAAUUUCUACAAGGUCUUGAUAAUGGAACAACUACRCUAUCAAAUCUGUUAGAAAAGUGUCAUGGUCUCACAACUGAUGAAUAUACAAACCAUUUUUCUAUUUGUUCUCGUGGAAGAGAAGAUGUCAAAGGAGUAAAUACCUCUUUGUGUUUUAAUGCCAAACAUAGCUUCGUAUGGCAAAGUGUCAAAGUAAAAGCUCAAUAUUUAGUACCUGGAGAUGUUAUUAUAAUUCCACCAGGAGGUUGCAAUAUAGCUUGUGAUGCUUUAUUGUUAUCUGGUAAUUGUAUUGUUGAUGAAAGUCUUUUAACAGGAGAAAGUGAGCCAAUAACGAAAAGUCCUCCUUCGUCGAUUGAAGAAUUUUGUUACAGCAGUUCUUCGCAUAAACAUCACACAUUGUACUGUGGUACCAGGAUUUUACAAUCAAGAUUUUAUGCUGGCGCUCAAGUGUUAGCUUUGGUGGUUAGGACUGGAAGUUCAACAGCUAAAGGAAAUUUGAUACGGUCAAUUAUGUUUCCAAAAGAUAUGGAUUUUGAAUUUUACAUGGAUUCCAUAAAAUUUGUUAUAAUCAUGUUUAUCGUCGCUACUAUUGGAAUGCUUUACUGUGCCUACUUGUAUGUUAUUAGAGAAGCUUCUACAGAAUACAUCAUCAUAAGAAGUCUGGACAUUUAUACUGUAGUAGUUCCUCCUGCAUUACCAGCAGCAAUGACAAUUGGUAUUGUCCAUUCUAUGAAACGCCUAAAACGUCUUAAAAUAUAUUGCACAUGUCAGACCCGUAUUAAUGUUGCUGGUAAAAUUAAACUUGUUUGUUUUGAUAAGAACUUAGCUUUGAGCUUAGAUUUUAUUGUGCUGUUUAUACCUACACGUCCUGCAUGGUCUGACAAUGAUGUUAUUUCAUGUUGGGAAAAUACUACAUUGUUUUUAACCAGUUCAUACCAAUACAUUAUUUUAGCAUUUGUAUUAAACAAGGGAUAUCCUCAUCGAAAACCAUUUUACAAAAACCUAUCAUUCACAAUUGUCAUUGUARYAUUGACUUUAUUUACGCUGAUGUUGCAAACAACUAGAUACUCUACGUUUACAGACAUAUUCGACAUGGUCAAUUUGAAAAAUUCUCGCAACGAAAAAGAACAGCGRCUUUUUCUUAUUAGUCUACUUGCUUUUCCUGUUUUAAAUCUUUACUUGGCUAUCAAUAUUGAGGUAUUUGCUGAGUCGAAUUUGAUGAAAAARUUAUUAAGUACCAUCAGACAGAAAAAACAGCCUAAAAAUCCAUACAACCAGCUAAUUGCUAGUCAGCCUAACAUAUUAAUAUAAAAUGUAUAAUAAUAUUUUGAGURAAAGCAUUCUUUUUGAUUAUAGGUAAUCUCAUGUUAAAUUGUCACCCUUGUUUUACCUACAUCCUACUGAUUUAUUUUAAUUGUAUUUUUAUAUCAAUUGUUUUAUUAUUAAAUAUUAGAUUGAU